UUCUUUUUUGAGGCUGCCCAACUGAAGGGAAAACGACCACUCAAAUUUACUGUCUAUAAGCGUUCGAUGGAAGCUUCAUCUGCCUCGAUAUAAAGCUCCCUGCUGCUCUCUCUUUGCACAACAAAUUAACCCACCAUGGCUGGUUUUGCUCCUUUUUCUUGUGUGCUUUUCAUCUCUUCGCUUUUGCUGGCUUCCUACGCUUGUGCCGCAGAGCUAGAACUAGACUAUUCUUCUCUUCCCGUAGUGAAGGGACUGUCAUGGUCAUUCUACGACUCUAGCUGUCCCAAGCUUGAAUCCGUCAUCAGAAAAGAGCUCAAGAAGGUCUUCAAGAAAGACAUUGGCCAAGCCGCUGGCUUGCUUCGUCUCCACUUCCAUGACUGCUUUGUUCAGGGAUGUGAUGCUUCGGUGUUGCUUGAUGGAUCAGCCAGUGGUCCAAGUGAGCAGGACGCGCCUCCGAACCUCAGCUUGAGAGCAAAGGCAUUUGAGAUCAUCGGCGACCUUCGUGAGCGUGUCCACAAGCGGUGCGGACAGGUCGUCUCUUGCGCUGACAUCACUGCUAUCGCUGCCCGUGACUCUGUUUUCCUGUCAGGAGGUCCAGACUAUAAUGUGCCACUGGGAAGGAAGGAUGGACUAACCUUCGCUACAAGGGAGGUAACACUAGAGAAUCUUCCCGCACCCUCGAGCAACGCUAGUGUCAUUCUCGACUCUUUGGCCACCAAAAACUUGGAUGCCAUCGAUGUGGUAGCCCUCUCCGGUGGCCACACCAUUGGCAUUGGCCACUGCGCUUCUUUUAUUGAGCGGCUCUAUCCAACUCAAGACCCAACCAUGGACAAAACCUUUGCCAAAGACCUCAAACAAAUUUGUCCCACGCAAGAUUCAAACGCCACCACCGUGUUAGAUAUCCGGUCGCCUGACAAGUUCGAUAACAAAUACUAUGUUGACCUCAUGAAUCGCCAAGGCUUGUUCACAUCAGACCAAGACUUGUACACGGAUAGCAGGACAAAGGACAUCGUCACUAGCUUUGCUGUCGAUGAGGAUAUGUUCUUCGAUCAGUUUGCCAAGUCCAUGAUUAAAAUGGGACAAUUGAGCGUGUUGACGUGCCAGGAAGGGAAAAUUCGUGCCAAUUGCUCCACGAGGAAUUCUGAUAAUAUCAAAUUGAUCAAAACUGUCGUGGAAGAAGAGGUGGAGGGCGCCGCUUCUUCUGAGUUGUAAGGGUGUUUAUGAACAUGUCUCAACUUCUUCAUGUAUUAAUUUCUUUUUCUAAGAAGAUGAGGGGAGGGGC